GGAAAAAACAGUGGAAGAGGGGAGAUCAGAUUUCAAUAUAAACGAGGCAAUGAGUAUGAUUAGUGAUUCAAUGGUUCCGGUUCACCCGAGUUUAGAGAAAUUGAAUUCUCCCGUUCUCUCUAAGGUUUGUGCAUGGGGAGUAAUGUUAGGGCUAUUUGUUGUUUCAAUAAUCGCCAUGGCUUAUGCUUGCUAUUACACGCAAAACGCUUCAAAUCCAAGCACUGGAGGGCAAGAUAAACCAAUAAAGAAGGAAGUAUUGAAGCCACUAGACAUGGAACCAAAGAUAGUUGUCAUAAUGGCCGGUAAUGAAAAUCCUACCUUCUUUGCCAAGCCAAGCAAGAUCAAUGCAUGACCAGUACAAGACCGCUAGAUUAUUGUUUUGGUUUUCUUUCUUCUUUCUGCUCCUUACUUGUUUAUAUUUGAACUUUAAACUCUUUAUAAUAAAAUGAUUUUUUAAUUUCCUUAUAGUC